GUCACGGGGUGCCUCAUUGUCUGUGUCGAGAGGGCCACACGACUGGUGAAGUCACAACAAGGGGCAGGGAAGGAGUAUGUGUGUAUCUUCAAACUCCACAGUGUGGUGGACGAUGAGAAACUUGUAUCACAGAAACUGGAGAUGAUGACAGGGGCAUUGUUCCAGAGACCGCCAUUAAUUUCUGCCGUGAAGAGACAGCUGAGAAUUCGUACAGUGUAUGAAUGCAAGAUGCUGGAGUACAACAAAGACGACGCAAUGGGUAUUUUCUGGGUGAGCUGCGAAGCCGGCACAUACAUUAGGACCAUGUGUGUACACCUGGGUCUGUUUCUGGGGGUCGGGGGUCAAAUGCAGGAGCUCAGACGAGUCAGAUCUGGUAUCAUGUCCGAAAAGGUGGGUGUGUGUGAUGAAAAUUGUGGUGUUUUAAGUAGAUAUCAAAAUUGUGUUAAUUUAACCAUAGCCCAGAUGACUACAGCAGUGAUGGCCACAUGUGAUCACGGAGUUGUGGCAAAGAUCAAAAGAGUGGUGAUGGAGAGAGACACUUACCCAAGGAAUGUAAAGAAAGAGAUGAAGCAAGAACCUUCAGAAGAAACAGUUGUCAACUCACACAAGAGGAAGAAAGAAGCCAGUACCUCCGAGGAGAGUGAGCCCCCGUCACCUCCCCCUGCCCCGGCGGAAGAUGUGGAGAAGGAGAAAAAGAAGAAGAAAAAGAAGAAGAAAGACAAAAAUCAGGAAGCUGAUGAGGCAGGGGAUGCCCCAGAGGAAUCGCCAGAAAAGAAGAAGAAAAAGAAAAAACACAAAAAAAUAAAGACUGAGCCUGCAGAAAGUGACUGAUAAACAAUGUGUCUGUGUGUCUGUCUGUGUGUGAGGAGAAAUCAUCAGUGAGAGAGACAGAGUGUGAGAGUUUCAUGUGGCAUUUCUCAGUUUUAUCAACAAACUACAGUCAAAUGCUGUUAAGCCUGAUUCAUUUACAUGUAGGUGGAAUACGGUGACCUGAUUUGACCAGGUUAUGGAUACUUGAUGUGUUCAUAUUUUGUAUAUUUCUCUUUUAUAUAUAUGUUAAGAAUGAAAUGUGCUGUUAGUCUGUUAAUAAAAUUGUUUUCAUUCAUA